AUGGCAGGGCUCCUGUGUAAGAGGCGCAAAAAAGGAGUGAGUGACCUCCAAGAAGAAGGUAAAAAUGCUAUCAAUGCACCAAUGAACCCAAGUACUGUGGACAUCCAUCCAGAAGACACACUAUUAGAGGAGAAUGAGGAGCGCACUAUGAUUGAUCCUAACUCAAAAGAAGACCCCAAGUUCAAAGAACUGAUCAAGGUUCUGAUUGACUGGAUUAAUGAUGUGCUGGUGGAGGAGAGAAUCAUUGUCAAACAGCUUGAAGAGGACCUUUAUGAUGGGCAGGUGCUGCAAAAGCUGUUAGAAAAAUUGGCUGACCGUAAACUGAACGUGGCAGAAGUGACGCAAUCUGAAAUUGGUCAGAAACAAAAGUUGCAGACGGUCCUGGAAGCUGUCCAUGAUUUACUCCGACCCCAUGGCUGGACAAUCAAGUGGAACGUUGACUCAAUCCAUGGCAAGAAUCUGAUUUCCAUUCUUCACCUUCUGGUAGCUUUGGCAAUGCAUUUCCGGGCUCCCAUUCGACUGCCUGAACAUGUGUCUGUACAAGUGGUAGUUGUACGGAAACGCGAAGGCCUCCUUCAGACCACUCAUGUUACAGAAGAGCUGACAACUACAACAGAGAUGAUGAUGGGGAGAUUUGAGCGCGAUGCCUUUGACACACUUUUUGAUCAUGCACCAGACAAACUCAGUGUAGUCAAAAAGUCUCUGAUCACCUUUGUGAACAAACACUUGAAUAAACUGAAUUUGGAAGUAACGGAGUUAGAAACCCAGUUUGCAGAUGGUGUUUACCUGGUUUUGCUCAUGGGUCUCCUUGAAGACUAUUUUGUUCCACUUCACAACUUCUACUUAACACCUGAAAGUUUUGAUCAAAAGGUCCAUAAUGUUUCCUUUGCUUUUGAGCUGAUGCAAGAUGGAGGACUGAAGAAACCAAAAGCUCGUCCUGAAGAUGUUGUCAACUUGGAUCUGAAGUCUACGCUCAGGGUUCUGUACAACCUGUUCACAAAGUACAAGAACGUUGAAUGAUCUUGGAAGCUGCUGAGGUCUUCAUCCUUCCAACCUCCUUAGGCAGAAAUUACAAUAAACACACCCUCUGCACGCUCCCUUUGUGCCUUAUGCUAUACUUCAUGCAUUCUUUCUACAGUUGAUGUGGUCUCUCUGUAGCUGUUUGUAUGAAAAUCCCACUGAAAAUAAUGCAUGUGUAUUCUCUAGUCACUUGAAAAUGUGUAGAUAUUUCACACUUUUACCAGAACAUACUGUUGAGUCUGUUGUUUGUUAUCAUCAAUAAGUGUUCUUUUGAUAAAGGAAAUAUACCACUAACUAAUAAGCAGGGAAAACAUGAGACCUUCUUCAUGGCUGGAGACUCCUUGAUUCUAUAAUAGACUUUCUU